AUGGAACGAAUUGCAGAACUGGAGACCCGUAAUAACUUGCAACAGCAGCAUGAUUUCAGGGAUAUACGGGAGGAAAAUAAUAGGGGGAUGCGAGAUCUGGAACAUCGUUUAACGCAGCUGAAUGGACCAGGAGCAAUCGAUGUGGAAGGCCAAGCUGCCAAUGGCCGAGAAGGAGCUCGGAACUUGAUUCAGCCAAACCGUGUUCCUCAUGCAGAAAAUCACGAAAGACCCAACCCCGCGCAAGCUGACGGUCAGCAAGAUCGGGUUAGAAUUCAUCCUGGACAUGAUGCUCAAAAUAUCCGAAGGCGGGUAGAACCCGACGGGUAUAGAAGGAGGUACAGCAGGGGGCAGUACAACAACAGCCCCUUUACUGGUGAAAUACUAAACGUUGUCUUCCCGAAGGAUUUUGACUCAGCACGUCUGCCAAAGUACGAUGGGAGCCAUGAUCCACAUGUGCAUAUAGAUGCUUUCGACGCAGAUAUGUAUAUCCGAGAAAUUGAUGAACAUCUCAUAUCCCAGAUAUUUGCCAUAACCCUAACUGGGACAGCGCAGGAAUGCAAAAAGCAUCCCAAGUCCGAGUUCGCUCUCGAAAAGAUACGACAGCAACCCGGAGAAACCCUCCAGAAAUACCUUAACCGGUUCAAGGACGCUGCAUUGCAGGUCCCAGGGUUGCAAGAGAAUGUCCAUGUACACCUCAUAGUGGUAGGAUUGGAUGGUGCAUCCAGGCUAGCCAAGUCGGUCUAUAAGGACCCAGUGAGGACAUUGGAGGAAUUCAGAACUCGUUCGAAGAAAUAUCUCGAACUAGAGCAAAUGGAGAUUGCAAAUGCGCAGUCUGAUAAGGGCAAAAGGGUAAGCCCGAGAAGGAGAAGCCCAGCCCCAAAGGGAAAAGAACAAAUUGACAAUAAGAAGAAAGAUCAACGCCCACGAAUCCCGGACAUGAGGGAUCGGGUUGGAAGGUAUGACAAAUACACACCUUUGAAUGCGGCGUGUUCGCAAAUCUGGAGGGAAGUGGCGCUGACGAAGAUGAAGAAGGUGGACAGACCCCGACCUGUUUUUGACAGAGGAGGCUUAGAUAAGUCCAAAUAUUAUGCCUUUCAUGAUGGGCCAGGACAUACGAUUGAUCAAUGCUGGGAUCUCCGAGAUGCUGUGGAGAAGUUUGUAAGAGAUGGACGAUUGCGUCAACACGUGAUCAAAACCCAAGGGUCCAAAAGCAACAAAAGGAAGUCGGGAAAUAGAAAGAGAAGUAAAAGCCCGGUUCCUGAAAAGAAGAAAAAAGAUGACCGAGAUCGCAAAGAUGAUCCCAAUUUUGACGAGUUCCCAGAAGCAAAAUUUGACUGCAAUGUAAUCAAUGGAGCCCUUGGAGGAGGUGGAGACACUAUAAGUGCAAGAAGGAAGUACUUGAAGAAGGUCCUGUCAAUUCGGGACCGUCCUAGAUUCAAGGAGGAUUCAAGCAAGCCAGAUCCCCCUCUGUUGUAUUUAACAAAGGAGGACAUACAUGGCGUGUUGCCCGGGCAUGUUGACAGGCUUGUCAUGGCUGGUACCCUGGUAAACUGCCGAGUUAAAAAGAUUUUUGUUGUUGCAGGGAGUAGUGCUGACAUCAUAUUGUGGGACGCCUUCAAAAAAAUGAACCUUGAUGAGGAGGGUCUCAAACCUUGCAAAACUACUUUGAUAGCCUUUAAUGGAGAGCAUACACCUCCUAAAGGCUAUGUAGAUCUCAGGUUGACCCUGGGAACCAAAGACGCGUUCAAAAUAUAA